CUCCUGGAUUCCGAUAAUUCAGUUCACCCUACGGAAGAAACGGGCGCGAGCCGCAAGGCGAGCUAGGCGCGGGUGCGUGCUUCUCGCGCCUUUUCUCGUCUCUGGGGUUCCUGCGUGGAGUUACGCAGUCUCCGGUGAGGUCUCCAGCGAGAUGGAGGCCGUCGCCGAGGCGUUAUGGGGGCUGGCCGACAUCCAUGAGUCUAGUGGCGACAUCGGAGCGGCUGUGAAAUGCCUGGAGGCAAUCUGUCAAAGCCAGGUCUCCUUCUUACCCAUGAUCGAAGUCAAGACUCGCCUGAGAAUCGCCACUAUUCUGCUGAACCACACGGAUCACGUCAACCACGCCAAAGCUCACCUCGAGAGAUCGCAAUUGCUUUUGAAGCAAAUCCCGUCAUGUUUUGAACUAAAAUGCAGAGCUUAUAGCUUGCUUAGUCAAUGCUAUCAUCUAGUUGGUGCCAUCCCACCCCAAAAACAGAUCUUGAAUAAGGGUCUGGAGCUAACCGCUACACAAAAUGGAAUUUCAGGGAUAUUAUGGUCAUGCAAUUUCAAUUUGCAGCUUGCAAAUGCAUUGGUUAUUGAUGGUGAUUACCAUGGAUCUAUACGCACCUUGGAGUGUGGUUAUCUUUGUGCGUCCCAAGCCAAUUAUAGUGAGCUUAUGAUGGUUUUCGCAACCUCAAUGUUGCAUGUUCACUUGAUGCAAUGGGAAGAUAUGAAUGAUGUUAAAAAUGCUGUUGAAAAAUGUGAUGAAGUUUGGAGAUCUAUUCCUGAGGGAAAGAGACAGUAUUGCCGUGGCUUAUAUCUUUACAGUCAGUUGCUUCAUACAUUUUAUCUGCUUAGGAUAUGCGACUAUAAGAAUGCUGCUCAGCAUGUUGAAAAGAUGGAUGCUACUCUAAAGGAGGACAUGCAGCAUGUUCAGCAAGUUGAAGGCCUGAUUGCUGAGCUCAACGGUAUAAAUGAGAGCCUGUCUCAUCAUGACCUGCACCACCAGCAAAGGGCACUCUUAUGUCAGAGACAAAUUCAGCUGCAAGAGCACUUGAAAACUUUCACCAAAACUUGCUCUGCUGGAAGAGGUUACCUUGAACCAUCUUGUGUUGGAGAUCUAAAAAAUGCAUGGAAAGAGAAGCUAGAACUUGGACCAGCCCCUCUAAAUGGGGAAUGGUUGCCAAAAAGUGCAGUUCAUGCACUGGUUGACCUUGUUGCAGUUAUAUUUGGUCGCCCAAAAGGAUUAUUUAAGGAGUGCACAAGACGUCUCCAAUCAGGAUUGAACACGACCUAUGAGGAGCUACUGAAGCUUGGAAUCACUGAUGUUGUGAGAGAGGUGGAUUUGCAACAUCGGACUAUAUGGAUUGCUGGUGUUUAUUUGAUGCUUCUGAUGCAAUUACUUGAAAACAAGGUCGCGAUCGAUCUGACACGGUCUGAAUUUUUUGAUGCUCAAGAGGCAUUAUGGCAAAUGAAGAAUUGGUUUUUACGCUUCCCAACAAUCCUUCAAGGAUGCGAGAGCAUGAUUGAAAUGCUUAUUGGGCAGUAUGCACAUUCUGUAGGCUGCUACAAGGACGCUGCUUGGCAUUUUAUUGAAGCGGCAAAGUUGACAGAAAACAAGUCAUUUCAGGCCAUGUGUCAAAUUUAUGCAGCUGUUUCUUUUAUAUGCAUUGGUGAUGCUGAAUCAUCUUCUCAGGCACUGGAUUUAAUUGGUCCAAUUUAUAGGGUGAUGGAUUCCUUUAUAGGAGUUCGGGAGAAAACCGGUGUCCUUUUUGCUUAUGGGCUUCUACAGAUGAGGCAACAUAAUUUGCAGGAAGCACGGAUUCGCUUAGCAAGCGGACUAAGGCUUACUCACCAGCACUUGGGGAAUAUUCAGCUUGUUUCUCAGUAUCUUACUGUUCUUGGCAGUUUGGCAUUAGCUCUACAUGACACUGGGCAGGCUAGAGAAAUUUUGAAGUCCUCUUUGACACUAGCAAAAACACUCUAUGAUGUUCCUACACAAAUAUGGAUACUUUCCAUUUUCACAGCUUUAUACCAAGAAUUGGGGGAAUCUAGAAGUGAGGUAGAGAACGCUGAUUAUGAAAGGAAAAAAAUAGAUGAUUUAAGGAAGAGAAUAUCAGAUGCAGAGUCAUCACCACAUCACCUUGAGCUGAUUGGUAUGCAGAUUGAAAAAUUGAAAACCGAGGCUCAAUUGCGUGAGUUUGACAUGAGACAGGCUGAUCCUGGUCCAUCCAUGAUAUCGAGUUUGGAUAUUCCUGAAUCUGUGGAUUUAGUAUCACCGCUUCCUUCUCGUGCAGCUUCCAGAUUGACUGCAGCUGACCAUAGGAGGCGAAGGACUUGAUCUUUGUAAAAGCUUCUGGUGUUCAAAUUUAUAAAAAAUGGCAGCGUCUGAAGUAUUAUUGGGUGGCUGGGAGCGGCAUCUGUGUAUAGAAGAUGAUGGCGUUGCCUUUCACCAAUCUCAGAAAUCAGCACUUGUGUUGUAUCACAAGCAAAUGUUGCCUAAUCAUGUGCAUUUGCAAGUGCAAGCAAGUUCGUAGUUUGCCGAUGUGCAGUUUGUGCUGUUACCAACUUACCAUAGCUGUUAAGUACGUGUUUCUUCCCCAUGAUUGACCAAUUUUAUGUUGGUUCAUGUCGUUUUUUUCCUUCGUCAGUUAUUAGGUAAAAUAUUAUUCAAAUAUCGCUAAUAUUUCAGUAUUGAAACAGAGUAGAGAUGGGUCCCUAUCCCCUUUGUACACAUGUUCCCAUUUAUGUUAGGUCCAUUGUUGUAUUAACGCUUUGAUAUUUGUAGCGGUCUUAGUUUUCUCGUCUGAUGGAUGUAAAUAAUUGAAUAUGCGAAUUGAACUUUCACUAA